AUGAAACUUGCAAUUUUCGUCCUCGUUAUCUCCGUUGCUGUUCUCACAACACUUGCUGAAAACGAAGAAAAUACUGGGAAUGACCAAGCGAAUUCCAAACGAAGUGCUGAACCUGUCGCUAAACGUCGAGAAGAACGAGCUGCUGCCGUUGGCUAUGAUCCUGCAGUGAUGGCACCUGAAUUAAAUCAAGAUUCUGGUCUAUUAUUCCGCCGAAAAAUUCGAGCUGAAGAAGGAUGUUGUUGCUGCUAA